UUCUUUUCGUUUUUGUUUUUUUGUUUUUGUUUUUUUUAACCCCUCUCGUUGGUGAGCGUUCGAGUGUUUUCGCGUUUCGAGAGAAAUGGAGAACGGGGGAGCGCACGCGGCGGGCCACAGCGCGGCGGCGGUGGAGAUAUACCCGCUGAGUCGCUACUACUUCGGCGCCAAGGACGCGUUCCCCGACAAGGACGAGAACCCCCUCGACAGGAUCCAACGCCUCAAAUCUAAUUUUGCUUCCCAUGGAUUGAGGACCUGCGUCCUAGGUGUUCUCCUGGUUGAAUUGUUUCGGCAUCCUCAUGUGCUGGUGUUGCAAGUAAAGAACUGUUUCUUUAAACUCCCUGGAGGCCGACUAAGACCUGGCGAACAAGAUGUUGAUGGGCUGAAACGCAAGCUUUCAAGAAUGCUCUCCCUCGAAGAUUGUGCGAUAAAUGAUAAUUGGCAGAUUGGGGAGUGCGUCGGAAUGUGGUGGAGGUCCGAGUUUGAAACUUUACCGUUUCCCUAUCCUCCGCCUAAUUCACGUAGACCUAAGGAAUGCACAAAAGUGUUCUUGGUUAGGCUACCAGUGAGUAGGCAAUUUGUUGUACCAAGACACUUGAAGCUGCUUGCUGUUCCACUGUACCAGAUUCAUGACAAUUCCGAGGUAUAUGGCCCUAUUAUCUCCGGAAUUCCACAUCUACUGUCAAAAUUCUCCUUCAAUAUAAUCGACGAUGAUUGAGUAGUUUCAUUCUGCUGUGUUUGGAUAUUGGGCGGUGUAAUAUACAGUGACAUAAUGCAGAACAGAGGAAAUAUCAAGCACAAAUUUUAUAUAGUGAACUUUGUAUAUAAAAUUAUAAUGAAGUGUUUAGAACUAGUUUCACUAUUCCAUACAGUCGCUUGUAAAUAUUCUAUCCAAUAAGUUUAGCGUGAAUCAAUAGCUUGGCUAGUAUUCUUCGAUA